CUAGAAGCGCUCAUUCAGUCCGACGAGUUUGUGCCGCUGCUGUACUAGCAGUUGAUCGCUCGAGCUCCCACAGUUUCAUUGAGAGUCAAGUAGACUUUAUUCUUCUUAAUACUGUUUUUGUGUUUAAAUCAUUGUGCUGGAGGAGAUCCAGUGACCGUCGCAAGCAGACAUGAUCACUUCAGCCGCUGGUAUCAUUUCCCUCCUGGAUGAAGAUGAGCCACAGCUCAAGGAGUUCGCCCUACACAAACUGAACUCCAUUGUCAAUGACUUUUGGGCAGAGAUCUCUGAGUCCGUUGACAAAAUCGAGGUCCUGUACGAGGAUGAGACGUUUCGCAGCCGAGAGUUCGCUGCACUGGUGGCGUCUAAAGUCUUUUACCACCUCGGUGCCUUCGACGAGUCUUUAAACUACGCGCUGGGCGCUGGAGAUCUCUUCAACGUCACCGACGACUCCGAAUAUGUGGAGACCAUCAUUGCCAAGUGUAUCGAUCAUUACACCAAACUGCGCGUUGAGAACGCCGAGCUGCCAGAGGACGAGGAGAAGAAAAGCAUCGACCCUCGUCUGGAGGGAAUCGUCAACAAGAUGUUCCAGCGCUGCCUGGGGGAUCACAAGUACAAACAGGCCAUCGGCAUCGCGCUGGAGACCAGACGCUUGGACAUCUUUGAGAAAACCGUCCUGGAAUCUACUGACAUUGGUGGAUUGCUGGCCUACAGCCUGAAGAUCUGCAUGUCCCUCAUGCAGAACAAGAAGUUUCGUAACGAAGUCCUCCGAGUCCUCGUCAAGCUGUACAUGAACCUGGAGAAGCCGGACUUCAUCAGCGUUUGCCAGUGUCUGAUUUUCCUCGACGACCCUCAAGCGGUGAGCGAUAUUUUGGAGAAGCUGGUGAAGGAGGAUAACCUCCUGAUGGCCUAUCAGAUCUGCUUUGACCUGUAUGAGAGCGCCAGCCAGCAGUUCCUGUCCUCCGUCAUUCAGAACCUGCGGACCGUCGGCACACCCAUCCCCGCCGUGCCCGGAUCCACCAACACGGGCACUGUGCCCACGCAGGAGAAAGACAGUGACGCGAUGGAGACAGAAGACAAAGCUGGAAGCUCUCCGGCUGGAAAGGCCGUGGAAGUGAAGGAUGAGCCGAAAGACCAGAACUCAAAAAUGAUCAAAAUAUUAAGUGGGGAAAUGGCCAUUGAGCUGCACCUUCAGUUCCUCAUUCGAAACAACAACACAGACCUGAUGAUUCUCAAAAACACCAAGGAUGCGGUCCGAAAUUCGGUGUGUCACACGGCGACGGUCAUAGCGAACUCAUUCAUGCACACGGGAACAACAAGCGACCAGUUUCUACGAGAGAAUUUGGAGUGGCUGGCGAGAGCAACAAACUGGGCCAAAUUCACAGCAACAGCGAGUCUUGGCGUCAUUCACAAGGGCCAUGAAAAGGAAGCACUACAGCUAAUGGCAACUUACCUGCCCAAAGACACCUCACCAGGGUCAGCCUAUCAGGAAGGAGGAGGGCUGUACGCACUUGGGCUGAUCCAUGCUAAUCACGGCGGGGAAAUCAUCGACUACCUUCUCAGCCAGCUCAAGAGUGCCAGUAAUGAUAUCGUCCGUCACGGUGGCGCUCUGGGUCUCGGUUUAGCCGCCCUGGGCACCGCUCGCCAAGACGUCUACGAUCUGCUCAAAUCUAACCUCUAUCAAGAUGAUGCAGUAACAGGAGAGGCGGCUGGUCUUGCUCUGGGUCUGGUGAUGUUGGGCUCAAAGUCGGCCCAGGCGAUCGAGGACAUGGUGGGUUACGCUCAGGAGACCCAGCACGAGAAGAUCCUGCGCGGAUUGGCUGUCGGCAUCGCCAUGGUGAUGUACGGAAGGAUGGAAGAGGCCGAUGCUCUAAUCGAGAGUCUAUGCAGAGAUAAGGACCCCAUCCUGCGCCGCUCGGGAAUGUACACAGUGGCCAUGGCAUACUGCGGAUCUGGGAACAACAAAGCCAUCCGACGACUGCUACACGUGGCUGUGAGUGACGUGAACGACGAUGUUCGGAGGGCUGCCGUCGAGUCCAUCGGAUUCAUCAUGUUCAGGACUCCAGAACAGUGUCCCAGUGUGGUUUCCCUGCUGUCCGAGAGCUACAACCCUCACGUCCGAUGCGGCGCUGCAAUGGCUCUGGGCAUCUGCUGCGCUGGCACUGGGAACAAG